GUGUUUAUUAGAAGAGAGGAACUGAGGAUGUGAAUCGUGUAUUCUGUGUGAGGGAACAUCGCAUAAAUCCCGAGAGACCGACUCUCAAUAGAGGAGAAGAAACAGGGGUACUUUAUUAGUAGCGUAUAAAAGCAGGAUCUGUUGGAUUCCUGGGGUUGCUCUGAGAGAACCCAACAUUAAAUAUAUCAAAUCUCUUCAAAGUUAUUGGUGUUUGUUUCCUUCUUUUCUCAUUUCCAUCUUCUUUUAUAUAAGAUCUGCAAAAUCGAAGGGGUAGGUCAGUUUGGUGAGACCGUGAGAACAAGGCAGUCUAAGAGGAAAGGGUAGAGAGGACUGAGGAGUCAAGCAUGGAUGUGGAUCAGAUGCAGAGACGGUUUGCUGAUUACACUGCAUCCUUGUUUCGUGAGGGAUUUCUUGAUGAUCAAUUCACUCAGCUUCAGCAACUGCAAGACGAAAGCAACCCCGAUUUCGUUGUCGAAGUUGUCUCUCUCUUCUUUGAAGAUUCUGAGAGGCUUCUCAACGAUUUGGGCAAAGCUCUUGAUCAGCAGAUUGUAGAUUUCAAGAAGGUGGAUGCCCAUGUUCACCAGCUGAAGGGUAGCAGCUCCAGCAUAGGUGCACAGAGGGUUAAAAAUGCUUGCAUUGCGUUUCGCAACUUUUGUGAGAUGCAGAACACUGAAGGGUGUCUCAGAUGUCUGCAACAGGUGAAACAGGAGUACUUCCUUGUGAAGAACAAGCUUGAAUCUCUAUUCAGGCUGGAGCAACAGAUCCUGGCUGCUGGUGGGUCAAAUCCAAUGAUGGAAUAAGUGGUAGUGCGAGGUUAAUAGUUGUCCACUUAAGCAGAGAACAAGAGAGUGAAGAAAAAAAAGGAAUGAGUGUGAGAGUGGUGAUGUAAAGAAGCUUUUUUGAGCUUUUGUUUUAUUAUUGACAAUGUAAGCUACUUCACUUGUGAAAAGUUCUCUUUAACUAUUGAGCUUUUGGGCUUUUGUCUGAUGAGGGACUGUGGGAGAAAGAGGAGAGCAUCUCUUGUGUGAUCAGAUGAGCCAAUCUCUCUCUCCAGUUUUCAGCUUAAGAGCUUAACAAUAUUUAUUCUUUACCAUUCAA